UGAAUUCAGUCAAUUGCUGAUCGCUGAAGAAUAAACUUGAAAGUUUUUAACUUAAGUUUUUUCGUGAAAAAUUUACAAUUUCAAAAUCGAUUAACAAACAGUUAAUAUAAAAUGGCAAAGAUUGCAUUGUUGUUUAUCGCUGCUUUCUGCGUUGUUCAACUUUCGUUGGCAGCUCGUGUCUCUCGUGAAAGUGCAACUGAAACAACCACUGAAUCACUAGCAGAUCAAAUAAAUAAUAGACUUGACGAAUUGAAGAAAAAAGCUCAAACAUAUUUUACUAAAGAAAAGACCGACGUCGCAAUUAACACGAUAAGUGAGAAUUUUAAAAGCGCUACGAACACCGUCGGAGAUGGAGCGAAAGAUUUUUUAUCGUUUAUACAAGGAGCCCUUCAAAACAUGACCGAUUCCCAGAAAAAAGAUUAAAUGCUUUGAAUACAACAUUCUACUGUUUGAUGUUAAGACGAGUUUAUGCGGAAAAAAACGUCCUCUUUACACUUCGAAUUGCUAUAAGUUCUUUUUUAUCUGAAAUGUUCAAUUUUUUUUUGUAUAUUCAAUCAAUUUGAGCAAUAAAAUCCUUUGAGAUCUUGAUCUUUCA